AUGUCUGACAGCUAUUCGUUAUUCCUCGACAGGCCCGACAAUUCACAUAUGCCUCCACUGAUGUUCCACGGUAUGGACUCGGUACCUUUCCCUCUGCCUCCAGCAGAUGCCGCCUUGUGCAAUACGUCAUCUGAUGGAGUCAGCGACUUCGACAUCGACCCUCUACAUGUUACUUCUCUGCUGGACUUUCAUAGUUACUCAUACCAGCUGAAUUUUGACCAAAUCAAUUCUUUUGACGCAAUUCCAGUGUUUCAGACUCACAACAAUUUCCAGCAAUGUCACUCGGACAGGCUCCAUUCCAUUGUGCUGGAUUCAGUUGGAUUCGACAACGCAGUUCCAAUGCCAGUGUAUCCAUCUCCCAAUAGUGCUAAUAUGCCACAGGGUCAGCUCCAAAUGGAGUCAAUGAUGGCCACAUCAUAUUUCCCUCCAAUGGACCACGGCUCUGUUCAAAGCAAUAGUACCAUAACCCACACUUUCAACAGGGCAGCCAGCAUGACUGAGCACAUUGAUUUUGGCAUGCCUACUUCUGGUGGCGGUUCAGCAAACACCACUACUACAUUCGUUGCCACACAUGUGGAGGAAGCAUUUGAUAUGAAUCCACUCAAGUUCAUGCCAUGCAACGAACAGAUACCUACGUCUUCAGAAGACCCUUACAGGAGCAACAUUACUUUUCCACAGAUGAACCAUGGCCCUGGUGUCCAAGGUUUCCCUGUCAAUGCUGUUCCCCAUGCUUCAGACAAUUUAGUGAAUCCAUUCGUCAAAACAGAAACAAACCACUCCAUGGCAAAUAGUGCUAGCCCCAACCACAGCAACAACUACAACACCAACCAUAGCAGCACCGCCACCCGUACAACAAAGGUGAAAAAGCGCAUGUCGAAGAGAAAAUCAGUUUCAGAAUCUCGCCACAGCUCACCUCAAGACAGAAACCUGGCGAGUCCCAAGAAUUCACUUGCAUCACUUGGCAUGAAACCAACGACUCUGAGUCCUGCCCGCCUGGUGCACCAGAAUCAUACAGCAAUCAGCAGGCCCUCAAGUACAGAGCUGGACUCAUUCAAGAUUGUCCGUGGAAUCACCUCUGGAGGCUCAUCAACUCGUCCUCCAACCCAAGAACGUCCAGGGUACAAGUAUGUGCCAUUGGAGUUGGUAAUGGAGGGAGCACUGACAAAUGAAGUAUGUCUUCAGGAGUGGAACAAGAACGAACUCAAGGAUCGUCGACGCAUAGUUCGCAUCGAACGAUCCCAAAAAGGGUCCGUGUUGCAUGCACUGUUUCUGAUCGUUGGACUGGCGAUCUCUCACCCGGAACCGUUACCCGCGGCUCCAGGGACUGAGAUAAUCGAGUUUUCAUGCUUAGACUGCUACAGCUCAGAAGUGAGCGAGGACUUUGGUACCAGAGAUCGCGAAUUUUAUGUGACAUCGGUGGAAAUUGUCGCCAUCAUCGAGAUGCUCAUUGGCAUACUUGACACGGACUUGCUACAGAGAAGAAAGGAGAGAGGUCGCAUACGGUCGAACUUGACUCCUUUUUGGCUGAAGAAGCCAGUGUCUUCGAAGAAGAAUGCAGACAACGAUCUGUCCAACCCAAGAUUGGCAUUUGCUCGCCGUAUCAUGGCUUAUGACGUACGGAAACCACGUGGAUUUGAUAAAGAUGUUCGUAUUUUGCCCUGGGACAACUUAAUCCCCGCCUUGACCCGUGCUUUACAGUGCUACUAUGUGGAAGUACCGGAGUAG